AAACAUCAACGCUAUGACUCGAAGUACGCCCAAACAAAGCCCGAUACAUCCAGUCGAUUGUAGAGCUGCCAAAGUCACAUCAACAACAUCAAAAUGAGAUUCAGCAGCAUCAACCCGAACCUGCUCAAGGGGUUAUGUCUCACCCCCCUUUUCGCAACAUACGGGCAGGCUCAGUCGCUACAGGACGGAUGUCCCAAGGAUGAGCUCACAUGCCACGACAUUAUGAAUGCCAGCCAGUGCAUCGAGCAGAUAAUCGUCGAGGGUCUCUCGCCAGUCACUAGAGAGGGUUUGGUCAAGUGUGUAGAGCACGAGGGCACUGCCAGCAAUCUGCCAGGGGCAGUCAAGUACUGCCGGUGCCCGGGCUGUCACACUGCGCAGAUAAAUGCCGUCAUCGCAGAGAUGUUCCCGCCGCCAUGUGCAUAGGUGGAAUGGGUGGCAGCACAACGUGCAUAUGGUUCUUUUCGCGGAUGCCCUGACCAGCAGGGCUGAGGUUCCAGCUCUGUUUGUUUGUUCAUGUAACUUGACAUCAAACACAAACCAGACAGCAGCGCGGCCCUGGGCAUGGACCCGGCUGAGGAUUGUGAAUGUACCUAACCAAGGCGCAGGCAGAGAAACUUUUCACCGCUAUAGGACUCGCUAUGUAGAUAUCUUACUAGUAGUAAAAACGGGAAUGUGC